AGCUGCCGCACUGGCUGCGGGAUGAGACAGGCGGCUGCGAUGCAAAGGCAGGGCAACAGCAGCAGCAGCAGCAGCAGCAGCAGCAGCAGCAGCAGCAGCAGCAGCAGCAGCAGCAGCAGCAGCAGCAGCAGCAGCAGCAGCAGCAGCAGCAGUAG